AUGGCCGAAAACCGCGUCCUUGCACAACAAAUCAUACUAGCCCCUCUACCUCCCUUGAACGUGGGAACCUAUAGGACCACGGAUUCUGCACUUCAAAAUCUGAAGUAUGUCGGGACUUUGAGCCCGUGGCCCGAUUUUAGGAGCUCCGUCGAGGCAAUGUACAAUGCCCAAGUGUUCGGUCACAGCUCUACGGAUGCUGCUAGCCCCUGCCCAUACAACGAAGGUCCCGAGUUCGUUUGUAUUGGAACCGAGCGUAGCCUCCGAAACCGCUUCCAACAGGCCAUAGGCCAAGUACUGGGAGUGGCCUUAGAGGUCCAGGGAGUGGAUUUACAUUUUGCGGACUUUGCAUGCGCCGGCCUCCAAUACGAUCAUGUUCCAGAUAUCGUGGGUUUAAGUAUCACCGCUCAAGGCACAGAGUUGAGGCUUGUGGGGGAAGUAAUGGUUCCAUGGGUUCCUGAGCAUUCCCUAAGCCGCGUGCAUGGCCAGACUGAACGGCUGAGGCAUGUUUUGGGUCAGCCUAUCCUUUACAUGGGCGAUCUUCAAUGUGCAUAUGGUUUCAUUAGCACCUACGACGAGACAAUUUUCCUCCGACAGACCCAGCUGCCUAGUGGGGAAUGGCAUGUGGAAUACUCACCAGUCAUCUAUUCGACUGAUGUGUAUGAAUCCUCGGGCUCUCAGGGUCAUGAUUCCGGUCCCUCUGUCUCUAUGAGACAGUGCAUGUUUUAUAUAGCCACGCUUGCGAGCGGGCAAGGCCCUGUAAAUAACCAAACCCCGGCGGCGCAAUGGGUGGCACGGGCUUGA